AGCCGAGCCAGGAUAGUGGAUGGGUCGGGGAGGGAGGACGAGCGAGGAGGAGGGGGGACCCGUCCGACCGAAGUGCCUGCCUGGCUAAUUGGUUAGCUAACUGGGCUUUCGACGGAACCGGCUGGGUGUGUAAAGAAAGACGCCAGUCGGGCUUCAAGGAAGAGCCGUCGGGUCUCAUCGGCCCGGAAGGGUCCAGCCGACCGCCUUCAGGCAGCCGCCGCUCUCCUUCGGCCGAAUGUAUGCUUACGGUCGGUCAAAGGGGACGCGCGGCUCCUGUCACGUCAAACUUUUCCAGGCAGCAUGAAGAAUUAGCCAGCCGGCUAGUUACCCUAACUAACCAGCUAGUAACCCAGCUACUCAACUUAGGCUGUGGGACGUCUCGGGAAUGGAGCCGGUGUGUGCUUCGUGGUGCCGGGCGAACCGCUGCGAUAAGUCACUAUCAGCAGGCAACGGCUAUGCUGACCUCGGUCAAUUAAGUGCUAAUUAACCCAUAACCACCGAACUGCGGCCACCAUGCAGGUCAGACCGGUGUCGGAUUUCGGGAAGAACCGGCCCGUGUGAGACCGGAUCUUUCUCACUAUCAUCCGAACCGCUCGGCCAUAUAGACACCGGCUAGCUAAGCGGCUGCAGUAGCCCGGCGCUGAACUUCAUAUGUAGGCGUUUUAUAAGUAGCCGCCCCGCUAACCGAGCCGCGUUUAUAACCAAGUGUCCCUACCCGCAGGACGGGGCAGAACUCUGCUCUUUCGGAAACUUUUACGGUGUGCUGUAUGGCUUUCUUUAAAACCACAAAACCGUAGCAGCCCAAGCAGAAAGGCGCCCCCGCCAGCAAACGGGAGGGCAGAAGCAGCAUGAGCAAGCCGUCCAAACUGCUGUCGACCAGCGCGAAAAGGAUUCAGAAGGAGUUGGCCGACAUCACGCUGGAUCCGCCGCCGAACUGCAGUGCUGGACCAAAAGGAGACAACGUAUAUGAAUGGAGGUCCACGAUUCUUGGGCCCCCUGGGUCUGUAUAUGAAGGAGGGGUGUUCUUCCUUGACAUUGCGUUCACACCAGAUUACCCAUUCAAACCACCCAAGGUAACAUUUCGCACAAGAAUCUACCACUGCAACAUCAACAGUCAGGGUGUGAUCUGUCUGGACAUCCUUAAGGACAACUGGAGCCCUGCCCUCACCAUCUCCAAAGUGCUGCUCUCCAUCUGCUCCCUGCUCACCGACUGUAACCCUGCUGACCCACUGGUUGGAAGCAUCGCCACUCAGUACAUGACAAACAGAGCAGAGCACGACAGAAUAGCCAAACAGUGGACCAAGCGGUAUGCCACAUAAGCAGGCGGCCCCAAGCCCCCGCGCAGAGCCUGCGCUUUGACAGCUGCUCAUGGAAUGCCGACGGGGUGGGGUGGGUGGAAUUUCUAUUGCAGAUUUUAUUGCGGUCUUUUAUUGCCCGCUGAUUGUUGGGUUUCACCAUUGUAAGUUAUCAUAGUCCUGCUAGAAAGUAAAAAACAGCAAUACGCUAGAUUUGUCAGUUACUCUCUUUGUGUUCAUGGAUUUCAGUGUUUGUGCUUUGAAAUUUAAAAAUACAUUUUUACAUUGACUACUUGUAAAGAAUAUUAAAGCAUAAGUUUUUCCUCUUUGGAGAUUUUCAGUUAAAUAUGAACAUUUUAAUAAAGCCUCUUGAUGAAUAAUUUAUUACACUCAGCUUAUUUUGAUAGCAAAAAAAAAUAUUAAUAUGCUCGGUUGCCAGAGCCUAUGGUCAUUCAAAAUUUUUUGUUUGUGGAGACAGAGUAAUCUAUUUAUUACUACUAUCUUUAUUUAUUGAUACAAGAAAUUAGGAAUGUCGGGGUGUGACAUGUCGGCUACAAAGCGAACUUAAAUCCUAUAUCUACUCCAUUGUAAGUGCAUGUGGAACCUGCUAAUAAGUUCAUUGUAAAUGGUAAACCACUGGAACACCUCUCCCCCUGGAUGUUUUACAUUAAAUUUUUAUUUUUUAAAUUUAAGGGAAGUGUUCAAGUCUUCACACAUUUUUUGUUGUAGCUGUUGAAUAUUCAAAAUUGACUCUGAUAUGAAUCACAUUACCUUGAUUGUUGUCUUGUGAAUGAGACUUGGAGCUUUCUGAAAGAAUAAGAAUGUGUAAAUGCUUACCUGUAAAUGGUGUAUCCCCAGUAUCAAAUAAAACGUGUGUGCUUUUGCAAUGUAAAUAUUGCAAAGAAUGUUUAUUAUUAAAUUGGGGCAGCAGAGUUUAAGAACAUUGAGUAAAGAUCGCUGGCUUAAGUCCCAGGAGGAGCUCUGCUCUGAACAAGAAAUACAGGUGGUUUUCUGCAUAGUCACCAGAUAGCUGUAUACAUUUUCACCAGUGAUAAAGAAGCUUUAAGAAGCAGUCAUGGGUGGAUAUAUCCCCCACACCGUUUCUGUAAUCAUGUCCUCACAGCAUCCUCAGCUAUAUCUCUGGAUGCGUAGCGGUGUCCUUGAAGGUCGUCUUCUGGUUUUGGUAUGAGUUUGAAGUUGCAGUUGCAAGUGGAAGGAUGCAGAGAUUCAGCCUCAGUUAUUGCUUCCAUGGUGGUCAGUGAAGUGUGUGGCUUGGCGUUGGCAUGUUUCAGGGUAAACCCCUCUUUGGCCCCUUCGACUCCUUCAUAGUUUUAUUUAUACCUUUGAGCAAAAGUGUGUUAAAGACCUUCAUGGACGGAACUUAAUAUCAAGUGCAAAAGCUAAAAAUGUAAUGUGAUGGCUCCACCAAACUUCUGCAUCAUUGGCAGUUAUCUGGUGACUAGAAAAACAAAUAGAAGUAAAGGUUAAAGAGCAUAUUAUAAGAAUUCCCAUCCCAGUUGCGACAAAUGGAAAUAGAGGCAUCACUUUUCAUUCAACCCUUGUAAUUAUUAUUAUUAUUUUUUUUGUAAUUUAAGGUUGCUUUGGAUUAGUGUCCACAAUUGAACUAAUACAUGUUAAUUAACAGAGCUACUUGCGCUUUUCUUCCAGCCUGCAUCUGUCAAUUGCUGCAUUUUCCAAUGUGAUUCUGGUCUCCCCAUCUAAAAUAAACCAGGCUUUUUGGACUGUG